GAUUGGGAUUGGGAUUGGGAUUGCAGUCUUGUCUUGUGAGGAUGCCGUCGCAGGCGGUGCGCGUGGUGUCGACGCGCACGGUGAAGCCGCCGCCGCCGGCAGCAUCGCGGGAGCGCAUCCCUCUCACCACCUGGGACGUCUCCAUGCUCUCCGUCGACUACAUCCAGAAAGGCCUCCUCUUCCCCUCGCCGCCCUCCCCCACCGCCCACCUCCUCGACCACCUCGCCGCCGCCCUCGCCCACACGCUCCACGCCUACUACCCCGUCGCCGGCCGCUUCGUCACCGACACCCACCCUCACGGCUGCUCCGUCUCCAUCGACUGCGGCGGCCAGGGAGUCCAGAUCGUCCACGCCGUCGCCGACGCCCUCUCCAUCGCCGACCUCAUCCCUCCCAACGCCGACGUCCCGCCCCUCCUCCACUCUUUCUUCCCGCUCCAAGACGCCGUCAACUACGACGGCCACCAUCUCCCCCUCUUCGUCGUCCAGCUCACCGACCUCACCGACGGCGUCUUUGUCGGCUUCGCCUACAACCACGCGCUCUCCGACGGCACGGCAUUCUGGGACUUCAUCAAUGCAUGGGCCGAGAUUGUGCGCGCCGCGCCGGCGGGGCCUUUGACGUCGCGACCACCCUUGCUCAAGCGGUGGUCGCCCCAAGGGGACGGCGCGCCGGUUGUGCUGCCGUACGCCGACCUGUCCGAGGUCAUCGAGAGGCUGAAGCCGCCGCCGCUGCGCGAGCGGAUGCUUCACUUCUCAUCGGAGUCGCUGGUGGCGCUCAAGGAGAGGGCUCGCCAAGAGCUCCUGGCCGCCGGGGACACGGCGGGCGCGGCCGCCCUGACUCGGUUCCAGGCGCUGAGCUCGCUGAUGUGGAGGUGCAUCACCCGAGCCCGGCGGCUGCCGCCCGAGCAAGAGACGGUGUGCCGCCUGGCCAUCAACAACCGCGGGCGGCUCCAGCCGGCGCUGCCCAAGGAGUACUUCGGCAACACCAUCUACGCCAUCGGCACGGAGGCGGUGCGCGCGUCGGAGCUGCUGGAGCGCGGGCACGGGUGGGCGGCGGCGGCGGUGGGGCGCGCAGUGGCGGCGCACACGGACGCGAACAUCCGGGCGCGCGUGGAGGCGUGGAUGGCGAAGCCGAUGAUAUACACGCUGAGGUUCUUCGACUCGUCGAGCGUGAUGAUGGGGAGCUCGCCGCGGUUCGACAUGUACGGGUGCGACCUGGGGUGGGGGAAGGCGGUGGCGGCGCGGAGUGGCAGGGCGAACAAGUGCGACGGGAAGACGUCGCUGUACCCCGGGCGCGAGGGGGGAGGAAGCAUGGACGCCGAGGUGGUGCUGUCGCCGGAGAACAUGGCGGCGCUGGAGCAGGACCACGAGUUCUGGGCUGCCGUCACGCCCGACAGCUAGCGUGUUCGUCAAAGCUUGAAUUCCUCCCCUCCAUCCAUUACUACUGUUCCGAUCGACUGAGUGUUUGGACUGGUCAUCUAUUAGUGUUCAAUUGUUUGCUUAAUAAUCCAAUCUCAAUAAACAAAGUUGCAAUGUUUUUUAUUCAUGCCAUGAUCAUCGACCAGCUUGCUUAAUGCGUAUAUUAUAUACUUAGAUAAUCUCUAAACAAACAUAUAUGGUGGUUUCUGGAGUACUGGAAGAAGCUAUCUCCCAUGUGUUUGAGCUGAGACCACAAAUUUGAUGUAUAUUAAACCAUUAGCCAU